AUGUCAGCUGCUAAUACCAUGACUGAUGUCGGUGCCAUCUGGCGAACUGCGAUUGACCGAUACAAGGAUAUAACUGAAGUCGAUCUCGGCUCCAUUGAAGCAGCGGACAGUGUUGAAGAUGUAUUAAGCGAGAUAGACAUUCGCGAAGAAGAAUUCAAACGAACUCGGCAUGAUGGCUCGAAGACUGACAGAUUCAGAAGCCUUGUCAGUCGAAGCCUGAAGUCCAUCGAAACGGUCAGCGAGGUUGUUGCUCAAGGAGCGUCAAACACCGCGAACUCCGUAUCAGCGGAUUUUGACAAGAUUGCCGAAUUUUUCCGUGAUGUCGAGUCGUAUCUCAAACGGCUGAAGACAAUUGAGGGGAAGAUACCUCCAGUACCUGAACUUGAAAAUGUUUUGGCUGAGGUUUUGAAGUCAGUGCUGGUUUUAUGUGGGAUUUGCGCGAAAUACACAAAGAAAAAGCGUUUCGCCAAAGCAUUGCGAAACCUCGUGUCUGGAGAAGAUGAUGAGCUCGCCUCGGCUUACAAUACUUUUCACCAAAUGGUCGAGCGAGAACAAAGACUGAUUGGGACGCUCACUUUGGUCGAAGUGGGUGAAGCAAAUCGCUCUUUGAAACAGUCUGAGCGAGUGUACAAGCAGCUCGGAAAUAGGGAAAGAAUUCUUGAACGUCAAGAUUUGCUGGAUGAUCUUUCAUCACAAACUUUCCUUGCUGCACAGAAAGACAAAUUCGGUAAGCAUCACGAUGGAACCUGUCAAUGGGUCUUGAGCCACGAAACAUUCCAACGAUGGUUGGACGGCACCGAGGACUCGACUCUUUGGUGUUAUGGAGAUCCCGGUAGUGGGAAGACUAUAUUAACGUCGAUAAUUAUUGAUGACGUCUAUGAAAAGACUCGUGGAACUGACACUGCUCUUGCAUUCAUGUACUGCAAUUACAAAGACUCGAACACACAUUCUGAGCUCGCUCUUCUGUCCAGCAUUGCACGGCAACUAACUGCGCAAAUCGAACACAUACCUCCUGUGGUAAAAGAAUUCCGCGAUCAAAAUGCCGUGAAAAAGAGAGAUCCGACGGGUGAUGAAUGGGUCGCACUUAUCAAGUCCCUCGGCCAUUUCUUCUGCAAAAUGAUCAUUAUCGUUGAUGCCCUGGAUGAGUGUCCGGAAUACAAUAGAGAUAAAUUCUUUCGUUUCAUAAAAAUGCUGGAUACCAGCAUUCGCUUCAUGUUCACGUCUCGCCCGCACAUUACCCUUCCUGUGAAAUUUUCUGGGUUUCAGCGGAUUCCUAUCGCGGCAAAUUCAUCUGAUUUGCAAAUUUUCCUGGACUCCGAGAUUUCGAAAAGAAACAUGUUCCAGAAGUUUGUCAUUCGAAACGAUUCUAGGAUGAAAGCAGAAAUCGUUGAAGAAAUCAUUACUAAAUCCAAGGGAAUGUUUCUACUCGCCUAUCAUCACGUCGAAAAAAUAUGCCAACAACCGCAUAUAGCGGGUGUGCGAAAAGCACUGAGUAGUCUGCCCGACAACAUCUUUGACUAUUAUCAUGAGGCCAUGGAGAGGAUUGAGCAACAAGAAACGGUACUCUGCAAUCUAGCUAAGGAUGCACUUUCAUUCAUCUCUCAUACAAAAAGACCUCUUCACGUAAAUGAGCUUCGCCAUGCCUUGGGAGUAUGGGCGAGUGAUACCGAUUUCGAAGAGAGCCAAUGCGUGGAUGACAAGCUUAUUAUUAGCAUUUGCGCUGGUUUGGUCAAAAUUGAUGAAACGAGAGAUGUGGUAGGGCUUGUCCAUCAAACCCUACAAGAGUACUUCGAGACUUUUCCCGAACAGCUUUUCGAAGAUCCUGAUUCAAAAAUUGCGAAAGCCUGCCUCGUUUACCUUUCUUUUGAUGUCUUUGGCAGCGGACCAUGCGUGGACGGCGAAGCGCUUCAGGAGCGACUGGAACACCACGUAUUCCUUCCCUAUGCAGCCCAUUACUGGGGUCAUCAUGUGCGAAAUUCUCGUGACGACUACACGAAAAUGGUUCUCAAGUACCUCAAUGACAAUAGUAAGCUUUUGUCCGCCGUACAAGUUCAGUACGCGACCUCACCGCGGAUCAAAGACUGGUUCGACCGGUAUCCAAAACAAAUUGGGCCUUUGCACAUCGCAGCUUGGUGGGGCUUCCCACAUAUCAUUAAGAUUUUGUUGGCGGAGGGCGUUGAUAUCACCAUACGUAAUAGUCGUGGUGAAACCCCCUUUCUCGUUGCGGUCCAGAACAAUCAAAGGGAUGCUGUCGAGCUGUUCCUUGAUAAUGGAAAUGACAUCAACGAACAAAAUUUCAACGGAGAAACAGCUCUUUUGUGGGCUGCCAAGAACGGGAGCAAAGAUUUAGUCAAAUUCCUUCUCUUGCGUGGCGCCGAGCUCAUAACGGACCAUGAAGGGUGGUCUGCAAUCAAUUGGGCUGUCAUUGGUGGAAAAUGCGAGUUGCUGGAGUUAUUGCUCGCGGAAGAAGUCCAUGCUAGCACAGGUAUAGAAACAAAAAGCCAAGCGCUUUUCCUGGCAGCGGAAGAGGGUCACAAAGAAAUGGUGAAGAUGCUUCUUGACAGUGGCGCCAACAUCAAUGCAAAGGAUAGCAAUGGAAGCACUGCAUUAGACUUCGCAGUGUCUGCAGCUCAUGAGGCCACUGUUGAAGUGCUUUUGUCCAAGAACGCGGAUGUCAAUUCCACCGAUUCAGGUGGCAACACUGCGCUUCACUGGGCUGUUGCGCGUGAGUCGAUUUCUCGAUUGUUAUUGAAUUAUGGAGCUUCGGUGAAUGCGAAGAACCAUGCUGGACAGACUGCUCUCUUUUGGACUGUGCAAGAUAGCUCAACGGCAGUAGCAAGAUUGCUGCUUGAAAAUGGGGCUGAGUCCGAUCUUGCAGACAAGAACGGUUCCACGGCGUUACAUAUCGCGGCAUUGCAAGGACAUGAGCAGAUAGCUGCUUUACUUCUGCAAAAUGGAGCCAACGCCGACAUUCAAGACAUAGAUGGAUGGACUCCUUUGUACGGUGCUGCUGUCCAAGAGCAUGCGGCGAUUGUUCGUCUUUUUUCGGAAAAAUCGGGCGAUAGCAAGAAGACUUUGCACUUGGUGGCUAGGAAAAUGGAAAGUCCUGGAGAGCGAACACUUUUGAAGAGGGUUGCUGAAGGCAAAAGACAAGGAAGCACUAUGACGAGUGGCUUACGCGUAGCGGCACAGGAAGCCCAGCUCGGUAGGCUGCGCAUGAUGCUUGAUAGAGGAGCAGAUAUUAAUGCAAAGGACCCUGCGGGAUAUACCGCGCUUGAGCUAGCGGCUUUUCUGGGACACAAGCAGGUCACGCAGCUUCUGUUGGAAUACGGGGCCAAUGUAAACUUACGAGGCUCUCACAACGCCCCCCCGUUGUUUCAUGCUGUCAAACAAGGCGGUGAAACAGUCGUGCCGUUGCUGGUCGAAUAUGGCGCGGAUGUUAACGCUGAAACGUACGGAACGACACCGUUAAUGCUUGCUGCGGAAAUUGGGAACCUGUCUAUCAACUUAUGUCUCCUGGAAGCGAAAGCCGAUCUCAACGCACGGGAUUGUUUUGGGCGAACCGCCUUGCACUUAGCCGUCUUGAACGGAAAAACACAGGUUGCACGGAUGUUGCUUGAUGCAGGAGCAGCGUCGGAUAUUUCAGAUGAUCAGGGCGCAACGGCCUUUAUGCUUGCGGUGGACAAGAUGGGAGAAAAUGCGGCGGCCUUGCUCUUCAAGGCAGAUUCCGAUAUUGAAGCAGAUAACACGACGAUGACUCGCUCUUCGUGGUUGUUCUUUUAG